AUGAAGACGCCGCUGUGGGACUUGGCUUUGUGGUACCUCCUCCUCCAGCCCCGGCUGGUGUUCGUGUCGUCGCAGGUGAUUCGGAACUGCGACAAGGGUGGCUAUGAGAUCAGCGUCCUAAUGAUGAACAACUCCGCCUUCACAGAGCCCCUGGAACGCAUCGAAGAAGUAGUGCAUAAUGGAUUGGACGUCGUGCGAGAGCGUCUGAGACAUGCAGGUUUCAAUGUGACCGUGAAAGCGAGUUUUAUCUAUGCAGAUAACUGGAUUUACACGUCAAGCGACUGCCGGAGUAGCACCUGUGAAGGCCUGGAUCUCCUCAGGCAAUUUUCAGGAGACAAACACAUGGGUUGUGUUCUCAUGGGGCCCUCGUGUACAUAUUCCACCUUCCAGAUGUACCUUGACACAGACUUGAACUACCCAAUGAUUUCAGCCGGGAGUUUUGGAUUAUCCUGUGACUACAAAGAAACAUUAACCAGGCUGAUGUCUCCAGCUCGGAAGCUGAUGUACUUUUUGGUUAAUUUUUGGAAGAACGAAUCUUUGCCAUUCAAGACAUCUUCCUGGAAAACCGCAUAUGUUUAUAAGAACACCACGGACACUGAAGACUGCUUCUGGUACCUCAAUGCUCUUGAGGCUGGAGUUUCUUAUUUUUCUCAGGAAUUGGACUUCAAGGAAGUGUUGAGACGAGAUGAGCAGUUUCAGGAUAUGUUAAAGGAUUCGAAUAGGAAAAGCAAUGUGUUUGUCAUGUGUGGCACACCAAAUACAGUCAGUUCCCUCCUAAGCAACCUGCCCGUGGCUGAAGACACUGUCAUCAUUCUGGUGGAUCUAUUCAAAUUAUUGAAAAAUUUUAUUCCCCUUUUACUCUUUAAUGAAAACAUUAGACUGCAAGCAAAUAAUGACUUUCUUCUUGCCUACUUGGAUGGAGUCUUGCUCUUUGGACACAUGCUGAAAAUAUUUCUUGAAACUGAAGAAAGCAUGACUACCCCUUCAUUUGCUCAUGCUUUUAGGAACCUCACAUUUCCAGGAGCCCUGGGUCCUGUGACUUUGGAUGAUUGUGGUGAUAUUGACAAACCCAUGGUGCUUCUGUACACCUCUGUGGACACCAACAAAUACAAGGUGCUUUUGACCUAUGUUGCCAAUAAUACGCAGUCAGUGGAUGCCAGCCCGACAUUCAUCUGGAAGGACCAUAAACUCCCAAACGACGUUCCAAAUCUGGGCCCUCACAUCCUGAUGAUUGCAGUCUUCACCCUCACAGGCACUGUGAUCGUGCUCCUGGGCAUUGCUCUCCUGGUGCUGAGGAAGUACAAAAAAGACCACGAACUUCGCCAGAAAAAAUGGUCCCACAUUCCUCCUGAAAAGAUCAUGCCUCUGGAGACCAAUGAGACCAAUCAUGUUAGUCUGAAGAUUGAGGAGGACAAGAGACGAGAUACAAUCCAGAGACUUCGACAGUGUAAAUACGACAAAAAGAGAGUGAUUCUAAAAGACUUCAAGCACAACGAUGGCAAUUUCAAUGAGAGGCAGAAGAUAGAGCUGAAUAAGUUGCUUCAGAUUGACUAUUACAACCUGACCAAGUUCUACGGCACAGUGAAGCUUGAGGCUACGAUCUUUGGGGUGAUCGAAUACUGUGAGAGAGGAUCCCUCCGGGAAGUUUUAAAUGACACAAUUUCCUACCCCGAUGGUACAUUCAUGGAUUGGGAAUUCAAGAUAUCUGUUUUGUACGACAUCGCUAAGGGGAUGUCGUAUCUGCACUCCAGUAAGACAGAAGUCCACGGCCGCCUGAAGUCCACUAACUGUGUGGUGGACAGCCGGAUGGUGGUAAAGAUCACUGAUUUUGGCUGCAAUUCCAUUUUACCUCCGACCAAAGACUUGUGGACGGCUCCAGAACAACUUCGCCAAGCCAACGUCUCUCAGAAAGGAGAUGUGUACAGCUAUGGGAUCAUCGCUCAGGAGAUCAUCCUCCGGAGAGAAACCUUCUACACGCUCAGCUGCCGAGACCAGAAUGAGAAGAUUUUCAGAGUGGAGCAUUCCAAAGGAGUGAAGCCCUUCCGCCCAGAUCUGUUCCUGGAAACUGCCGAGGAAAAGGAGCUGGAAGUAUAUCUACUUGUAAAAAGCUGCUGGGAGGAAGAUCCAGAAAAAAGACCAGAUUUCAAGAAAAUUGAAACUACACUGGCCAAGAUAUUUGGCCUAUUUCAUGACCAAAAAAAUGAGAGUUAUAUGGACACCUUGAUCCGGCGUCUGCAGCUAUAUUCUCGAAACCUGGAACAUCUGGUAGAGGAAAGGACACAGCUCUACAAGGCCGAGAGGGACAGAGCCGACAGACUGAACUUUAUGUUGCUUCCAAGGCCAGUAGUGAAGUCGCUAAAGGAGAAAGGCAUUGUGGAGCCCGAGCUGUAUGAGGAAGUCACGAUCUAUUUCAGUGACAUUGUAGGAUUUACUACAAUCUGCAAAUACAGCACCCCCAUGGAAGUGGUGGACAUGCUCAAUGACAUCUAUAAGAGCUUUGACCACAUCCUUGAUCAUCACGAUGUCUACAAGGUGGAGACCAUUGGUGAUGCCUAUAUGGUAGCCAGUGGUUUGCCAAAGAGAAAUGGCAACCGACAUGCGAUAGACAUUGCCAAGAUGGCCUUGGAUAUCCUCAGCUUCAUGGGGACCUUCCAGCUGGAGCAUCUUCCUGGCCUUCCGAUAUGGAUCCGCAUUGGCGUGCACUCUGGCCCCUGUGCAGCCGGAGUGGUGGGGAUCAAGAUGCCUCGUUACUGCCUCUUUGGAGACACCGUCAACACAGCCUCCAGGAUGGAGUCCACAGGCCUUCCCCUGAGGAUUCAUGUGAGCGGCUCCACAAUCGCCAUCUUGAAGAGAACCGAGUGCCAGUUCCUGUAUGAAGUGAGAGGAGAAACCUACUUAAAGCUCCGCCCAAUCGUUCAGUGGGAGUUAGAGAAAAGAGAUCAGAAGCGACAAACUAAGCAAAUUCACUUCACCACACUAGCACAGGGUAUGCAAUUAGUGAGGAUUGGGGAGAAUCAACAACGCUUGCAAGCAGAAUUCUCAGACAUGCUUGCCAACUCUUUGCAGAAAAGACAGGCUGCCGGGAUGAGAAACCGAAAACCAACUCGCAUAGCCAGCUACAAAAAAGGCACUCUGGAAUACUUGCAACUGGAUAGCACAGGCAAGGAGAACACCUAUUUUUAAAGAAGACCCACGAACUCGGGCCAGUAAAAUCCAGUCUCCCGUGUCCUGGAAAGCCUGUACUUUUCUGGGACGUCCCUGAAAGAGAAAAAGACUUAGAUGCAUUCUCCUUUGCAAUGGCUGGAACACAAACUGUCUUCCACGAAUCAAAUGUGAGCUCUCAAUAUAAAAACUACCUUCUGCUCCAGGGACCUCCCAUCUGCAUAAAAGGAGCAAUGGAAUGAAUAUACUACCUAGAACUUCAGGAGAUUUUGUUCUUAUUUCAUUUAUGCUUUGUUUACUAACCUUCCCUCCCCCCCUAUUUUCAUGAAAGGUUUUUUUUUUAAUUGCCCCAAUUAUAUUUUAAAUACCUUAUGGCCAUGAAAUUAUAUUUAACUCAUAAUUUUUGGAGAGAAUAUGUUAUAUUUUAGACAGGAAUAAAAGUUAAAAGUG